AGACCCUAUAUAGCUAUACAAUGCUCAGAACGUAGAUAUAGCCCAUUCAUUCACAUAGCCAGCCACUGGGUUCCGCAUCCCAGCAAGGAAUAUACUUUAUCGUGUUACCGACUUGCUCCGCAUCCAAAGCCGAAGCCGGAAAAGCCGUCGGGAGAUGAAUCAACUGCCGAAGCCGAGUCUUUCUCGUCCAUAAAGCAUCUCGACCCUUUCCUCUCUACAACCGAUCAACAAAUCGUCAACCACGAGAAAAAGAGGCUUUAUCAUCAUGUUCGGAUUAAGUACGAGGCGGUCUGCCGUGACGCGCUCCAAAUGCCUGGCCAACACCACCACUACCACCACUACCAGUACCAGUAUCCGCUCCCCAGCACAGCGGUCAUUGCUCUCAGCCCGAGACUUCCAUCCCAGUCGGUCUAAUGCGGCGUUCCGACCAACGUGGAUGCCUAUGCGGGUGAAGACACCCUGGAUUGAUGCGCUCACGAAAAGCCGCGAGGCGGCGCAGUCCGGUCAGGGCGCUCCCGCGCCGUCGGCGAAACCUGACCUCACGCCGAAGAAGAUGUCGGAUAGUUAUUACAGCGCUGUCCUGCCAUUGGCUCAAGAUAAAUGGCUUCUUGAUACGUAUCUUAAUGCCUCGGGGCAUAUUCGGUUGGGUUCCCUGCUGAUGGACCUUGAUGCCAUGGCAGGCGUCAUCGCCUACAGACACACCGGCGACUCUGUCACCACGGUGACUGCUGCCGUCGAUCGGAUCACCAUUGAGCACCCGCUGAUGGAAAUCUGCGAUCUCGAGCUCAGUGGCCAGGUCACGUAUGCGACGGGUCGAUCCAGUAUGGAGGUCUCCCUUCAGGUGGCUAAGGUUCCUGCUCCGGGGAAGAAGGUCGAGCCGGAAGAUGUGCUCAUCACGUGUGCGUUUACGAUGGUGUCGUUGGACCCCACGACGAAAAAACCCGCCAAAAUCGCCCCCCUCGUUGUCGAAACCCCCGAGGAACGUCUCCUCUUCAAACAAGGCGAAGAGAACUACCAAGCCAAAAAGGCCCUCCGAUCCAAGUCUCUCCUCGAGCAAGCCCCGGACGCCGAAGAGAGUAACCUGAUUCAUUCCAUGUGGACCAAGGAGAUGUCCUACCUCAACCCCGAAUCCCCCGCCCAACGCCCCUCCAACGACGUCUUCAUGAGCGACACCGUCCUCAAAUCCGCCAUGAUCAUGCAACCGCAAGACCGCAACCGACACAACUUCAUGAUCUUCGGCGGAUUCCUCCUCAAACAAACCUUCGAACUGGCCUUCUGCUGCGCCGCCUCCUUCUCCCACUCCCGCCCCAACUUCAUCUCCCUGGACCCGAGCACCUUCGAGAACUCCGUUCCCGUCGGCAGCGUCCUGUAUCUCCGCGCCACGGUAGCGUACACGGAGCCGUUGGAGCGCGAAGGCGUGGAGAGUAAGUAUACGAAGGUGCGGGUGCGGGUGGACACGAAGGUCCGGGACGUGGAGCAUGGGACGAAGAAACCGACGGGCAUGUUUAAUUAUACGUUCUUGGUGGAGAAGGAUGUGCAGGUGAUGCCGAAGAGUUAUAGUGAGUUUAUGGUGUGGACGGAUGCGCGGAGGAGGUCGGAGAAUGCGGCGGCCAUGUUGCAUGGUUCGAAGGAGCCGAGUGCGUUGAGGGGGUUGAAGGAUAGUGUUACGGAGUAGGGGAUACUAGGUGUAUAUAGAUUUGGCGGGUGGUUGUUUCAAUAUCUUUUCUUUAGUAUAUCACUUUAUUGACUACUUCGCUUUCUGCAUCAUAUCGAUAAAAC